AUGCCGCGGUUCGCAUCCCUCCCUUUCGACAUUCUGCUGCUCGUCAUCGAACAAGCUUGCGUCGAUGGAGGACUCACAGGCCGCUCCCUUGCUCUGACCUGCAAGUCGCUUCAUGAAACAUCCCACCACUCGCGAUACUUCUCGGUCAAGAUCACAUUCCGCAAGACACCCCAGCAGCUCGUGCAGUUCCUCGCGUGCUACACCGCAUCUCAAGCGCAGGCAGCAGAGCUUCGCGGUCCUCGGCCCCGCAUCCGCCACCUAUUCCUCACCGCCGGUCGCCUCGAGCCCGCGUCGGACGCGAGCCCCGAGCUGCAGCGCUUCCACGACGCCGUCCGCGCCCUCCUCGCCCUCGCCGCCGCGGACCUCCACUCGCUCACGCUCCGGAACGACUUCCACCGCGACCUCCCCGCCGCCGCGCGUCUCCCGCUGCCUGCCGCAUUGCUCGGCGCGACGCGCUUCCCGAGUCUCCGCGCGCUCUCCCUCGACCGCGGCGCCGGGCACUUCGCUCCCCGCCUAUCCGACGCCGACGCCGGAUUAUCCGAUCCCGACGGCCUAGGGAAGCCCAGCGCGAACGCGAGCCUCGCCGCGCUGCCCCGCCUCGCCCGCCUCGAGAUCGCGGACGGCGCGGAGACCGCGGACCUCGCGUGCUGGGCGCGGCGCGCCCCGGCGCUCACCCACUUCCGUCUCUGGGGCCUCGACUGCGGCAGGCGGGACGGGACGCGCGGGCGGGCGGGAAAGUUGGGGCAGCGGGACGUCGCGCGGCUCGCGCCGUCCCGCGGCGCGCUCGGAGGCGGGCUGUUUGUGGGGCUGGAGAAGCUCAUCGUCGAGCCGGGGCCGUGGCCGGCGCGCGCGGGGGACGGGGAGAGCAGGCUCGUGCGGCGGCGGCGGGCGCGGCACCAGGAGGUGAUUUGGGAGCUGGAGAGCGUGCAUCGGGAGGCGGAGAUGCGGUGGGCGCUGCUACCGGCGCGAAGGGCGGCCGGGGCGGAUGAGGAGAGGGCAAGGGCGGAGAGGGAGUGGGGGACGGAGGUGGAGGGGACGCUGGAUAAGUGGGAGGUGGAGGAGCGGUGGGUAGAGAGGACGCCGGAGACAUAUGGGUCGUAUGUCUGGAGGGGUCCGAGCAAGAGUGCUUGA